AUGGCGGCAGUGACCAAGAACCUCACUUUCGCCAUCACCGCAUCCACGUCUUUCGAGCCACCUUUUUUGCUUGCGAAACGCUUCUCGACUCUAGAUCAUUUCACGAGAGGUCGAAUUGGCUGGAACAUCGUCACUUCUUGGAAAAAGGCAGCGUUCAAGGCCAUUGGACUUGAUAGCCCAAUUCCCCACGAUGAGCGAUACGCACAAGCGGAUGAGUACCUGCGAGUGCUGUACAAGCUUUGGGAAGGUUCAUGGGCAGACGACGCGAUUACACCUGAUCCCGAGAACGACAGCUAUGCUGACCCCGAUAAAAUCCGAACAAUUCACCAUCACGGAAAGUUCUUCGAUCUUGACACACGUCACAUUGUCGAUCCAUCUCCUCAGAGAACCCCUUUCCUCUUUCAAGCAGGCACUUCAGCGGCCGGUUCCGAGUUCGCGGCUACCCACGCCGAGGGUAUAUUUGUUUCGUCUCAUUCGCCACAGCUCCUACGGCCCAAGAUCAAGCAGAUCAGAGAGAAGGCCGCAGCUCUUGGCCGAGACCCUCAGUCUUUGAAGUUUUUCGCUACUUUCACUCCUAUCGUUGGUCGAACAGAUGAAGAGGCUCAAGCUAAGCAUGAAGAGCUGAAGAAGUACGCCUCCGUAAUUGGUGGAUUGGUCCUCGUUAGUGGUUGGACGGGUAUCGAUCUCUCCAAGAUCCCUGUCGACCAGGAAGUCACUGCUGCCGACUCACUGGAGGCACACAAGGUUCGCAGUAUCCUCGAUUCAUUCACAACAACGAGCGAGCACGUACCUAAAUGGACACCGCGGGUCAUCGCUGAGCGAGCGGCAAUUGGAGGUCUUGGCCCUGUAUCCGUUGGAAGCCCACAGAAGGUGGCCGACGAUCUGGAGUAUUGGAUUCGAGAGGGUGACCUAGAUGGAUUUAAUCUCGGAUAUGUGACAACACCUGGUACAUUUGAAGAUGUUGUUGAUCUUCUUAUUCCCGAGCUUCGACGUCGAGGAAUUUACCCAGAGGCACCCGCGGAGGAUGUACAGCUGACGGCUAGAGAAAAGGUCUAUGGUGAGGGGCAAAAGGGCUUAAGAACCGAUCACCCCGGUUCUACUUACAAAUACGACGUCUAUAAGGAGGACAGCACCGAGUCACAAGAGCAGGAUCCCAUUCACUAA